AGUUGAACUGACUGAUCAACAAGGUAUCCAUUCGACUUUCUUCCGCAUAAUUCGGUCUCACUCAGUCGAGAACGUCCGGCAUGGCGGAAGCGUCGCCGCCGAGGAAACCGGCGGCUCUACUGGAGCCAGAGCGCGCGCUGUCCAGCCAUGCUGCGAGUGUUCGAGUCGCGCUCACUCCCACUCGCUCUCACAAGAAGCGUCGCGGCCGGAAGCCCAUUAUGAGCAGCAGACGCUUCGAGAACGAGUACAUGGCGGCGUCGCCAGCGGAACUCAACGCAAUGCACAAGAUCCGCAAGCUGCACAAACGACAGGAACAAGAACAGGUCCGUACAGCCAGACAGAGGUUUGUACCGGACAGUGAGGACGAAGAGCCCUCUACUGCUUCUUCUUCCUUGAGAUUCGUGACGGUACCGCCGAAGCUCGUAACGAGCAAGUCAGAGGGACGAGCCAAUGAAUUACCGAGUCGAAGGAGACAAUUGCAGCACCAGCAGAUCCUCCAUCCUAUAACUCAAACGACAGAGAAGCCUAACUCGAGAGAAAAGCUGGUAAGAAAGCGCGUUGGUGCAGCUACAGACAUUAAUCGGAGCUUCCGAUCGCUUUCUUCGACGUCGUCACAUGCGAGUGAAGCUGCUGCAGCGGCGUUUGAACAGGGUCUGUUGUCUUCUCAGACGUUUUCGACCUCUGCGGUAUUAAGUGACGACGCACUGGAAAAGGUAGCUCGUCGAGCGAAGCAGCAGCUUGAGACGGUAUCUAAACGUCAUGAGAUGAUUGGAAAGUGGAAGCGAAUGGCACGAUCCAAGCCUGGCUGUCAGGUGUUUGAGUCCCUCAGUAAGGCCAAAGAUCAGUUCAGCGUCGUGGUCAAGAUGAACUUACCGUGCAGUCUACGAGAGAUCAUGAGUGUCUUCUCCACGGACAAUGAAGCCGAGUUCCACCGCAGUAUGGAGGCGGUUUUUGGAGAUCAGUAUGUCUACGGAGUCAAUGUACGCACUGUGGACUGCUCUACAUACACUGGAGGUGCCAAUACCUUGCCUUUUAGAGGACAUCGUCGAGCUUCUGAACCUUCAGCACGACGAGUCAGUGAAGGAGCACGUAAUUCAAGGACUCCACCGUUAAGAUCAGCCAGAUUGAAGCUGAAUGCUGUGUCUCUGAUGCAGAAGCAUCGACUAGUAUGGAAGCAGCGCAACAUGACGUUCUUGGACUAUCUGGAGGAGGAUAUUGAGAGUAAAUCGGUCACUCGAGUGAUGCAGACGAUGGAUAUGCACGACGAAGAGCUCGAGUUCAGCUCCGUCACCAUGUCGUCACCAACCACUGCGUCAAGCAGUCAGGAAAACUAUUAUCAACAUAACCAGCACGCAGACGAUUUACACCAAGAACUGAAAGGUAUUCUAGCGGGGUAUGUCAUCCAGGAAGACUCAGAGGACAAGUGCACGAGGCUUUUCUUCUACGCGACGCACCGCCAUCGCUCCACGGGUCACACACAGACAAGGAUGCCUCGCUCUGCCGUCCAACUCUUACGUGCUAUGGUCAACAAGGUCUGUCUGCUGGAGAGCGUUGUGCUGCGUCGACGCUUGGGGUAUUACCCGUUAUCUCGACUGCCUACUACACACGACGAGGCCACGAUGGCGUCGUACUGCGCUACAUGCUACACUCCGUUCAGCAUGCUACGCAAGAAAUAUUUUUGUAGAUUAUGUGGCCACUACACGUGUCGAAAAUGCUCGAGCUUGCAGGAUGUGGAGAAGACGGUGGGGACUGUGGAGAAACACCGCGUCUGUGUGUCUUGUGUGCGUCGUGUGAGCUACUGCGUGUUCAGUGUGUGUGCCUUCCCGCCCAAUGUAGCGCUCAAUGCCAGUGGCAGCAAUUGGACGUGGGCGAGAUCCCAGCAACUAACGGAGAUCGAGGCGGAGGAAGAAGAAGACGAUUUCGACCCGCCUAUUAUGGACGAUCUCGCCUCGGAGGACAUUGAAGAUGUUGAAGUACUCAAAACCCCUCAACCCGGAGCUCUUACGGGCUUUGUGACCGAUUUAUUGCACGGGAAAGACAAGAAACAGGAGCUUAAACAGCAAGAACUCGCUGCCCAAAGGAAGCAGCGACUGCAACUCACUAUUGACGACCUCGGCUCGUGGACCCCAGGACCAAUUUUUGACAACCAGAGCACGCCGAAGGAGUCGAUCUCUCUUCUUGACAGCUUCUGUACGUCGCAUUCAUCUGCCAGUUCACGAUCGCGAGACUUACCGUCGUGGCUUUCUCCUACGCCAAUGGGAGCGUAAGAUAACGAACUUAUCAAGUCAAGAUAUUUUUUACUUCCUCGAUCGAAGAGGAGAACAAGAAUGUACAUGUAGCACAGCUAGCAGCGUAUACUGUUGAGUGUAUACGUUAACCUGUACUUUCGAAUUAAACACUUUCAAGUUGAAGAUGCCCAACCUCAUGAAUACUACAACGUGUAUGAUUCAUUUUGCAUGUACACACUAGCUGGCCACUAGCGCUAGUCUUCGUGAG